AUGAAACCUGCCAAAGGACUCGUGCUGGGCCUUUUUGCCCUCUGCAUAGGACACGAGCUCUGCUCAUGUAUCUUCGGUGGCGCCAAGCUUCCACUCUUCACUCAAAGCCCUGUGGAAGAGGAAGCGGCGGAAAUACCAGGCGAAGCUUCAGGACGUGGGGAAAGUGAGCACAUCGAUUUGGUCAUUGCACACUGCGGAGGAGCUUUGGAUUGGAUCGAUUCGUUUAUGACAAGGCCGCUCUCCAACGUCUCCAUCCUCAGCAUGUGCGGCCAGCCAGUAAGCGGCAAAGUUGCCCAACAUCCGCGGACAAAGACCGCAGCGCUGGACAACAACGGCUAUCACUACGCUUUCGCGCACUGGUUGUCGUCGCAGGGGAAGCACAUGCCGGCCGAUCGGCACGAAGACGACCUCAUUUUGUUCACCUCCGACCGCUACCUGCGCAACAUCACCGUGCCACUGAAGGACAUGAUCGAUGCGGCACAGGGUCCCCGGUUCGCGUGUGGAAGAAGGCAAACGCGCAUCCCGGGGGAGCCCACCACCACCCACUUCGUACAAGAGCUCAUGGGCACCUUCAGCUUGCAGCAGUACAACCACACCGCGAGAGAAAGGAUCAAGUCGCAGUACCAGAACAUGAAGCAUUGGAUGCAGGACAUGGGUAUCAGCAUCUUCCUCAAGGAUCGGACGGUUGUCCCUGUCUGUUUCGGUGAUAUUUUCCUGACCACGUACUCGCAGAUCUUUGGGCCCGUUGCGGGCAUUUGGGAGCAUCUGAGUAGUUCUUUGUCGGGGCACGGUGAGAUGGAGAAGGAUUUUGCAGAAAGAGCUUGGGCCGCGCUGCUCUCUGUGCCGAUGGUUCCGGCGGAGGAGGUUCAGGUGCUGGCAUCCGCGAAGGGCGUGCCUGCUGAGAACAAGAGCUGGUGGAUGGGUUUGAUUUGCGAAGGCGGCUGCCCUGUUGUCAGGUAUCCGUGGUCGCCUCAGCAUCUGCCGAGCUGUUGGGCUCAGAUGAACCACCUGCGGAAGGAGUUGCAAUUGGAAGAUCCUGCUUUGCAGCUGCUCUGGGAGCAGCGCUUGAACCGGGCCCGGCGCGCGGGCGCACACCGGACACUCGUGAUCUACUCGGGGCCUGUCACGGUGGAUACCAGGAAGGCCAAGGUCGCCAUGUACCUGCGGAACUUCCGAUACUUUCUGAAGUAUGCCACUUGUCCAGAUGCUCUUGUGGAGAUCUUGGUCGUCGUUGGUCGUUCGGUGAAUGUCGCUGCGUUUCAGCCUGGCGUGGACAUCGGUGGAAAGGUGACCUGGCUACGUCGCGGCCCUAACUGCUACGACUUCGAGGCAUACCGGAUAGGCUUGCGGUAUAUCGGCGCGGAGAAUCUGAAGCGCUACGAUCGCUUCGUUCUGUUGAACUGCGGCAUCGGUGGUCCUUUUCUGCCGGAACAGGCUAUGACUUCACGGAUUCACUGGUCUCGUUUCUUCACUUCCCGUGUGACCAAGAAGGUGAAGCUUGUGGGGAUAACGAUGUCGAACCAGGCAGCAACACCGGCUUUUGUCGGUCAGAGGUACAACCACGUGCAGUCCAUGCUUUGGGCCACGGACCUCGCUGGCUUACAGGUGAUCCUCCGGCAUUUGGAGGAGGACGUGAACAUCAACUUCUUCUCCCGAGACGAGCCGAGUGAUCUGAACGCCACACUGAAGGUCUGGCCUGCAACAGCCGUGAAGUGCCGCACGGCGGAUCCGAGGAAAGGAGAGUUCGUCGAACUUGGUCUCGAGGACUUUGUGAACAGCGCAGAGGUCAACACUUCGCAGAGACUGUUCGACAUGGGUUUUUCAAUUUCCGCCAUUGCGCGAUCUGAUCAGCGCCUGGAGCUGUCCCGCACCGACGCGAGGCUUUUGCACGGAGAUCCCUGGUCUCUUGUCAAGGUUUAA